CAAUAAUUCAUAAUUGUGCUGUUGUAUAUGGUUUCGAUAUUGGGUAAACAUAACUUCUGGAGGAAAUCGUGCAGAGAAGAAAUCGAUUGAUAGAGAUAUCGUUCCAUCCUUGGAAGCUGGAGCAUUUCCUGCUCUAAUAAAAUAUCUCUUAAUUUUUGCGCACAAUUGAUCUAUGCAUGUGCUUUUUGAAAUAUCAUAGUCCUAUUCCAAUAGGGCAUGCUCUCCUUUUUGUAUGUUAUUGAAACCUGUGUAAUUCGAGGGGGAACUCACCGAUGCUCAACAAGAGAUAUGGAUGUAAAAAAUAUCGUCGGAAAGGCUGCAACUGUAUGCACGAUCGCAGUCUUUCUUGCUGGCAUUGAAAUUUGUCGUAAGAUUUAUGCUAAGAAAUCAACUUGUGAUAUUUCUGCUCUACCCUUUUUAUGUGGUUUAAUGAGCUGUUCCUUGUGGUUGAGGUAUGGUUUACUGAUCAGUGAUUCAGCUCUAAUUAUUGUGAAUGUAACUGGUGCCAUUCUGCAAAUACUGUAUUUGAUGUGGUAUGCUAAAUUUACUCUCCACAGGGGAACUUUUUAUAAGCAGUUGGUUGUUACCAUAUUUAUUAUUGGAUUUUUAUACACCUAUACAACCUUUUACUCAGACCAUGAAACUGCACGGAAUGUAGCUGGUUUAGCUGCUUGUAGUGCUGGUGUUAUCUUUAUGGGUUCACCAUUAGCUGCUCUGGCUCAUGUUUUGAAAACAAAAAAUGUUGAGACUCUUCCAUUUGCCAUGAUUCUUUCAACAUUUAUUAUGGCUACUCUGUGGCUGUGUUAUGGAGUUUUAAACAAUGAUCUGUUUGUACAGGUGCCAAAUUUUCUUGGCGCACUGCUUGCUUUAUCGCAGUUGCUUCUGUUUGCCAUGUAUUCAAACAAAAAACCAUAUUAUGAACUUGGACCUAUGACGUCAAAGGUUAUUAUUUGAAUUGCAAACAGGAAAGGAGAGAAAUAUUCAUUAUUUCAAUGCAGAUUUCAAGUGCAGUCAAAAUCGAAUCUAAAGUCAAGGCGAAGGAUGUGUAAAGUAAAUUGCAAUUAGAAUGAGCUUUUAUCUAAGUCACAUUCCAUUUUAUACUGCAGGCUCUUUUUAAGAGUUGUCAAAUAACAAGGCAUAUUUUGCAUUUGUUUUGUUCUUAAAGUAACUGAUUUUGUUUUAAAAUAUUUUUACUGUAAUGAAAAUGUUUAACCUCAUAAAUUGUGUCCGGAAACAAAGUACAACUGAAAUAUUUUCUACAAUUGUUAUAAUCAUCUCUGUAUUAAGCAUUGUUUUUAAUUUUGGUAAUCUAUCUUAGUACACCGGUAAAUUUUAUAUCAUCUUGUUUUAUUGUUCUGUUUACAAAUGUUUUCUUAGCAUCUUUAUACACGUUUUUUUCCUGCAGUUUUUUUAUUUGUAUUUGUGUAAUUUAUUUAGUUUUUUUAAUUAAAGUUUUAUUUAGAUAAUUUACAAAUAUAUCAAAACUUUAUUUUCACCCUUUAGUUUCUGACUUUGUAUAAACAAGAAAAAUAAAAUCUUAUAAAAUGUGA